UGCUACUCCUACACCCAGCCAUUUUUGGCCUUCAUCACAUUGGAAUGCAGAUGAGAAUAGCUAUGUUUAGUUUGAUUUAUAAGAAGACUACAUUGUCAUCAUCACCAAAUAAUGUGAUUAUCUCUCCAUGUGGCUCAGGUUUGGUGCCUAAAUUGAGCCUUUGUUGGCUCUUCCCAGAUCUUCUCCUUUCCGAUAUCUAACCCGUUUCAUCUUUGUGGCAGUGAUAUGUAGGACUCUUCCUAUAACGUUCCAAAUUUUGUUUUGCUUUGUUCCAAAUCCUGCAACAUUAUACUUUAAAUAAUGAAUUUAAAUACAAACAAAAUUGAGCUUUGCCUAUGGAUUUCAAGUGCAGAAAUAACUAAAUUGACAAAUAUUCACUGAGGGCCUGUUGUUUACAUAGCUUUGUGUUAAACUCUGUACAGAACUCAGAGUCACCUGAGGCUGAGUCUGUUACUAAGUCAUGUGUAAUCCAGCUCAAUGGAUCUCCUCCCUUCAUGUUGCUUGGAUAAUGUUUUGAAAUAAACUGCUUUGAUUCCUUCUCAUCUCUGCUUAUCUGUAUACUGUUCAUUAUUCCAAGUUCUCAAGUUCUAACUCCUCGAUACAAUCUUUCUAGAUUUUUCUAACCAGAGUGUGAACUUUCUCUUAACCACCCUAUUAUUUUCUACUUCUCUUAACUCAUUUUUCGUAGCAUGUUUAGGUAUUUAUGUACUAGGUUGCCUUAAAGCAAGAAUUAUGUUCAAUUAAACCUUAAUAAUCCCUGAGGCAUCAAAUAUAGUGAUUUUCAUCUACUAAAUUCUCACCAAAUAUGUGAGGGAUUCAGUUGAAACAAAUAUUAGAUGGGUACUUUCCAAUCAAAGCCUCUAAUCAAGCAGCAAAUCAAUUCUUCAAUUCUAUGGCAAAUUAUGACUGUGAUAUUUCAUCAUUAAUUUACCUUAAUAAUUUUAAUUAAAAUUAAUUUGUAGAUAAAUAAGUAGAUAAGUUAAUUUUGCACAUACUGUUAUUUUUUUGUAAAGUUUAAGGGUUUUCUAUUGUUAAUAUAAUUUUUUGCAAAAUAAUUAAUGAUUCAGUUAUUCAUAAUAUACUUCUAUUGACUUGAACAGUAAUUUUAUUCAAAAGAGUACUAAGGAUGGAUGAAAAACUAAGAUGAAGGUUUAAUCUCACAUUUUACUGCCUUUGGCUCCAUGUUUUAAAACAAAAGCAGAAGAAACCUCUCAUAUAAUAUAAAUGGAUAUUUAAGUACAAUAUCAUUUUCACUGUAGAGGAGAAAAAAUAAUUAUUCCUGUCUAGAUGCUGCAAAAUAAAACAACUAGAGUCAUACCAGUAUAAUAUUUAAUGUAAAGAGAAAUAUUUAUAAAUCUGAGAAAAUACUAAGCUAGAUGAACAUAAAAUAGUUCAUCAAAAAGAAAAACGAUUUACUACCUUUACUUCACGCAUUCAUGGUAACAAAAUUCCUCAGCUGUAUUAUAAUGUUAUUUAUAAAUAUAUUUGUCUUUUGUCUGUUGACAUCAUCUAAUGUCCCAUUUUUCUUUUAGAUUUUAAAGCUGUCAAGCCGUGUUCUAGAUAAAAUAAGUAUUGGACAACUUGUAAGUCUCCUUUCCAACAACCUGAACAAAUUUGAUGAAGGACUUGCAUUGGCUCAUUUCGUGUGGAUUGCCCCAUUGCAAGUGAUGCUUCUGAUGGGGCUGCUCUGGGAGUUGCUGCAGGCCUCUGCCUUCUGUGGACUUGGGUUCCUGAUAGUCCUUGCCCUUUUUCAAUCUGGGUUAGGGAGAAUGAUGAUGAAGUACAGAGAUCAAAGAGCAGGAAAGAUCAAUGAAAGACUUGUGAUCACCUCAGAAAUGAUUGAAAAUAUCCAAUCUGUUAAGGCAUACUGCUGGGAGGAAGCAAUGGAAAAAAUGAUUGAAAACCUAAGACAAACAGAACUAAAACUGACCCGGAAGGCAGCCUAUGUGAGAUACUUCAAUAGCUCAGCCUUCUUCUUCUCAGGGUUCUUUGUGGUGUUUUUAUCAGUGCUUCCUUAUGCACUGAUCAAAGGAAUCAUCCUUCGAAAAAUAUUCACAACCAUCUCAUUUUGCAUUGUUCUGCGCAUGGCGGUCACUCGGCAAUUUCCCUGGGCUGUACAAACAUGGUAUGACUCUCUUGGAGCAAUAAACAAAAUACAGGAUUUCUUACAAAAGCAAGAAUAUAAGACCUUGGAAUAUAACUUAACAACUACAGAAGUAGUGAUGGAGAAUGUAACAGCAUUCUGGGAGGAGGGAUUUGGGGAAUUAUUUGAGAAAGCAAAACAAAACAGUGACAACAGAAAAAUUUCCAAUGGUGAUAACAGCCUCUUCUUCAGUAAUUUAGCACUUCUUGGUACUCCUGUCCUGAAAGAUAUAAGUUUCAAGAUAGAAAGAGGACAGUUGUUGGCAGUUGCUGGAUCUACUGGAGCAGGCAAGACUUCACUUCUAAUGAUGAUUAUGGGAGAACUAGAGCCUUCAGAGGGCAAAAUUAAGCACAGUGGAAGAAUUUCAUUCUGCUCUCAGUUUUCCUGGAUCAUGCCUGGCACCAUUAAAGAAAAUAUCAUCUUUGGCGUUUCCUAUGAUGAAUAUAGAUACAGGAGUGUCAUCAAAGCAUGCCAACUAGAAGAGGAUAUCGCCAAGUUUGCAGAGAAAGACAAUAUAGUUCUUGGAGAAGGUGGAAUCACACUGAGUGGAGGUCAACGAGCAAGAAUUUCUUUAGCAAGAGCAGUAUAUAAAGAUGCUGAUUUGUACCUCUUAGACUCUCCCUUUGGAUACUUAGAUGUUUUAACAGAAAAAGAGAUAUUUGAAAGCUGUGUCUGUAAACUGAUGGCUAACAAAACUCGGAUUUUGGUCACUUCUAAAAUGGAACAUUUAAAGAAAGCUGACAAAAUAUUAAUUUUACAUGAAGGUAGCAGCUAUUUUUAUGGGACAUUUUCUGAACUACAAAAUCUACGACCAGACUUUAGCUCAAAGCUCAUGGGAUAUGAUUCUUUUGACCAGUUUAGUGCAGAAAGAAGAAAUUCAAUCCUAACUGAGACCUUACGCCGUUUCUCAUUGGAAGGAGAUGCUGCUGUCUCUUGGAAUGAAACAAAAAAACAAUCCUUUAAACAGACUGGAGAGAUUGGAGAAAAAAGGAAAAAUUCUAUUCUCAAUUCAAUCAACUCUUUAAGAAAAUUUUCCGUUGUACAAAAGACUCCAUUACAAAUGAGUGGUAUUGAGGAGGAUCCAGACGAGCCUUCAGAGAGAAGGCUGUCCUUAGUUCCAGAUUCUGAGCAGGGGGAGGCAAUCCUGCCACGAAGCAAUGUGAUCAACACUGGCCCCACGUUUCAGGGACGAAGGAGGCAGUCUGUUCUGAACCUGAUGACACAUUCAGUUAACCAAGGUCAAAACAUUCACCGAAUAAACGCAGCAUCCACACGAAAAAUGUCCAUUGCCCCUCCGGCAAAUCUGACUGAAAUGGAUAUCUAUUCAAGACGGUUAUCUCAAGAAAGUAGCUUGGAAAUAAGUGAAGAAAUUAAUGAAGAAGAUUUAAAGGAGUGCUUUUUUGAUGAUGCAGAGAACAUACCAGCAGUGACUACCUGGAACACUUACCUUCGAUACAUUACUGUCCACAAAAGCUUAAUUUUUGUACUAAUUUGGUGUUUAGUUAUUUUUCUGGCUGAGGUGGCUGUUUCUUUGGUCCUGCUGUGGCUACUUGGAAACGCUCCUGCUUACAACAAAGGGAAUAGUACUAUAAGUGCAAAUAGCAGCUAUGCAGUGAUUAUCACCAGCACCAGCGCCUAUUAUGUGUUUUACAUUUACGUGGGAGUAGCCGACACUUUGCUUGCUCUGGGCUUCUUCAGGGGUCUACCACUCGUGCAUACUCUCAUCACAGUGUCAAAAAUUUUACACCACAAAAUGUUACAUUCUGUUCUUCAAGCACCUAUGUCAACCCUCAACGCAUUAAAAGCAGGUGGGAUUCUUAAUAGAUUCUCCAAAGAUAUAGCAAUCUUGGAUGAUCUUCUGCCUCUUACCAUAUUUGACUUCAUCCAGUUGUUAUUAAUUGUGAUUGGAGCUGUAGCAGUUGUCUCAGUUUUACAGCCCUACAUCUUCCUUGCAACAGUGCCAGUGAUAGUGACUUUUAUUAUAUUGAGGGCAUACUUCCUCCAUACCUCACAGCAACUCAAACAACUGGAAUCUGAAGGCAGGAGUCCAAUUUUUACUCAUCUUGUUACAAGUUUAAAAGGACUAUGGACACUUCGUGCCUUUGGACGGCAGCCUUACUUUGAAACUCUUUUCCACAAAGCUCUAAAUUUACAUACUGCCAACUGGUUCUUGUACCUAUCAACACUGCGCUGGUUCCAAAUGAGAAUAGAAAUGGUUUUUGUCAUCUUCUUCAUUGUUGUUACCUUCAUUUCCAUUUUAACAACAGGUGAAGGAGAAGGACAAGUUGGUAUUAUUCUAACUUUAGCCAUGAAUAUCAUGGGCACAUUGCAGUGGGCUGUAAACUCCAGCAUAGAUGUGGAUAGUUUGAUGCGAUCUGUGAGCCGAGUCUUUAAGUUUAUCGACAUGCCAACAGAAGAAGGUAAAUCUACCAGGUCAAUCAAACCAUCCAAGGAUUGCCAUCUCUCAAAAGUUAUGGUUUUUGAGAAUCCACACGUGAAGAAAGAUGACAUCUGGCCCUCAGGAGGCCAAAUGACUGUCAAAGAUCUCACAGCAAGAUAUCUAGAUGGUGGGAAUGCCAUAUUAGAGAACAUUUCCUUCUCAAUAAGUCCUGGCCAGAGGGUGGGCCUCUUGGGAAGAACUGGAUCAGGGAAGAGUACCUUGUUAUCGGCUUUUUUGAGACUACUGAACACUGAAGGAGAAAUCCAGAUUGAUGGUGUGUCUUGGGAUUCAAUAACUUUGCAACAGUGGAGGAAAGCCUUUGGAGUGAUACCUCAAAAAGUGUUCAUCUUUUCUGGAACAUUUAGAAAAAACUUGGAUCCCUAUGAACAGUGGAGUGAUCAAGAAAUAUGGAAAGUUGCAGAUGAGGUUGGACUCAGAUCUGUGAUAGAACAGUUUCCUGGGAAGCUUGAUUUUGUCCUUGUGGAUGGAGGCUAUGUCCUAAGCCAUGGCCACAAGCAGUUGAUGUGCUUGGCCAGAUCUGUUCUUAGUAAGGCAAAGAUCUUGCUGCUUGAUGAACCCAGUGCUCAUUUGGAUCCAAUAACAUACCAAAUAAUUAGAAGAACUCUAAAACAAGCAUUUGCUGAUUGCACAGUAAUCCUCUGUGAACACAGAAUAGAAGCAAUGUUGGAAUGUCAGCGAUUUUUGGUCAUAGAGGAGAACAACGUGCGGCAGUAUGAUUCCAUCCAGAAACUGCUGAGCGAGAAGAGCCUCUUCCGGCAGGCCAUCAGCCCCUCAGACAGGAUGAAGCUCUUCCCCCGCAGGAACUCAAGCAAGCACAAGUCUCGACCCCCCAUCACUGCUCUGAAAGAGGAGACAGAAGAAGAGGUGCAGGAUACCAGGCUGUAGAGAGCAGUGCAAAUGUUUGCAUGGGACAUUCACUCAUGAAGUCAGAGAAGGAAACAGUUGCCUCUGCCUCAGAAAACAAGGAUGAAUAAUGUUUAAAAAAAAAAAAAAAAAGGAAACAUUUUGGUAAGAAGAAUUGAGGACAUUGAGGACGUUCAUAUGGGUCUGGAUAAAGGGCUUCCUGGCAAUGGCUGAAUUAAUGUGAAAGGUACUACAAGUCCUUGAAGAUUUACCACUUCUGUUUUGCAAAUCAGAUUUUCCUAAAAACCUUUGCCCUUUGGUAGUAGUUGGAAAGGCAGCUAUAAAUGUCAAUCAGCUUAGUUCAGUUUAUUUGUUUAGUGAAACGUGUUAGUUUGUAGUAUGGGAGAAGAACUGAAAUCAUACCACUUACAGUUAUGAUUAAAUAAUGAUAACUGGGCACUUUAGUAUAAACAUUUAUACAAAUUUAUAUCCCUUUUUCUCUCCUCUCCCAAAGAUAUUUAGAAACACAACUAUAUUGUCUGCUAAGCAUUCUGUCUCAUUUCCAAGCAAGUAUUAGAAUACUGCAGGAAUCACAAGACAGCCAUCAAAAUAUACACCAUUCAACAUCUAGUGAUCAGUGAGGAAAGAGAACUUCCAGAUCCUAGAAAUCAGAGUUGGUACCAUCCAGCUCUACCAAAAAUCUGAAUAAUUCAGAUACUCAGAAUACACCCCUUACCUGGGAAAAAGGCUGUUACAGUCUCAUGUAGAGGACAGGAGAGCUUCCUUGAUGUGGAAGGUGACAUGCCUUUCCCCAGCCUCCGGAAAGUAACAAGCUCAUAAAACCCUUAAUUGCAGAAUGGCUGGAAAAGUGUGUUAGUGCAAACUGGCGCAGGAAAAUCCUUCUUGCCACAGAAACUCCAGGUAGAGGGUGUGUAGGUAGACAGGCCCUGGGUGCUGUGAGUAGAUGCACAUGAAAUCCAAGCAUCUAGCAUAGGGUUAUGGUUGUCUGUUUUCAGGCUAGCUGUAAGUGCUCAUACUGUCUACGUUGAGUGGGGAGAGAAUGGGAGACACCCUGAGGAAGAGUCAAUCACGAAUUAGUUUUAUAUGCUUCUGUUUUAUAAUUUUGUGAUGCAAAACAUUUUCUCUAGGAAAUAUUUAUUUUAAUAAUGUUUCAAACUCAUAUAUAAAAAUUCUGUAUUUUAAGAAUGAUUAUACUAUGAAUUAUAUUUGUAUAAAAGAAUUUUUAUAUUUGAAAUGUUGACUUUUUAUGGUACUAGCUAUUUUUAUGAUAUAUUAUGUUAAAACUGGGGGGAAAAGUGAGGGUGAUAUUGACUAGGGGCCAUGAAUCACCUUUAUGCUGUGGAGAGAAGCAUGGGGGCUGAUGUGGAUGUUGCACACACCUGUAUGACUCUCGACCAACGCAUAAGUCCCUCUUACAUGUGUUCUGAAGGAAAUGGUACCACCAGCCUGAAGGCUCCCCUCAAGGCCACACUGCCUUCCCAACUCCAAACUAACCCUUAAACAGACUGCAUUAUAUUUAUUACUGCAAGAAAAUAUCACAUGUCAAUAAAAUCUGUAUAUUUGUUUGAAA